UUCGAGAUCAUUGUUGGCGACCCGAUCAAAGUUGGCGAGCUCACCAACGCGCACAUCGUGUACUCGAUUACGACGAAAACCAAGUCGAGUCUUCUCAAGAGUGAGACCACGACGGUGACUCGGCGAUACAGGGAUUUUCUCUGGCUGUACAAUCAGCUUAUGAACAACCAUCCGGGCUACAUUAUUCCUCCGCCGCCGGAGAAGCAGGCGUAUGGCCGUUUCGACGAGAAGUUCAUUGAGAACAGACGGCUUGCGCUCGAAAAAAUGCUCAACAAGAUCGCACGCGUGUCCGUUUUCCAGAAAGACUACGACUUCAUUGUGUUUUUGCAGAGCGAGCGGUUUGCGGCCGAGUCGAAGGAGCGGGAGUUUCUGUACUACCACGGCGGUAGCAGCGGAGACGACCACAUUAGCACGCCGAAAUAUGUGGAGAACGACCAGUUCAUCAUCGAGAAGCAGAACUACAUUGAGAGCCUGGACCAGCAGCUUCGGUCACUAUCGAGGACGCUGGACAUGAUCGUCGAGAAGCGCGAGGACGUAAUCACAUCGAUGAACGAGCUGAUUCUGAUAAUCCAGGAGCUGGCCGAUCUGGAGGUCAACGCAGAGCUGAGCGAGCUGUUUGCAAACUACGAGGAAUUGCAGUCGAAGGUGAAAGAGUUGCUGGAACGGACAAACUUGCAGCAGAUCCUGACGCUCGGGACGACGAUCGACGAGUAUAUCCGGACGAUCGGGUCGAUCCGCAACUGUUUCGAGAUGCGGUUCAAGCUGUGCACCAACAUUGUGAACUUGCAGAGCCAGCACUCGAAAAAACAAAAGAACCUGAUCAAGUUCAAAUCUAAGAACCACAACCAGUUCGACAAGAUCAAGAAGUACGAGGAUGAGCUGGCCAAUAUGGAGAACACGAUUGCUCGGCAGGAGGAGUUCAAAGCAGAGUUCAACAAGAACUUCAAGCGCGAGCUCGACAAGUUCGAGUUUGAGAAGGUCGACGAGUUUCGAAGCACCAUCGAGAUCUACUGGGAGGGCCUGAUCGAGAGCCAGAAAGAGCUGAUCGAGCUUUGGGAGUCGUUUUACGAUAAAUGCAACUUCCAGGAUGAAUAA